UUGCAGCGAUGAUUGGGUGUAUGACUGUGCGUUGAAAAAUCACCAAGCUGGAGCUGUAUGUUUGAUAGCAGCCAGCGGGGGGGCUGAAAGGCAGACGAUGCAGCAGAAUGGUGCCUCCAGUUUCCUGCAGGGUUUGUGUGCGGGAUUAGCCGCUACUUAGCUUUGUGUGUGUGUGUGCGUGUGUGUGUGUGUGUUGAGACGCAGGGCGCUUCGAGCCGCCAGCCAGCCGCGUCAGGUGGAUGCGCCUGCAGUGAUCCAGGUCGCCCCUAUGGAUCGCGUCCAUGGAUGUCUUCAAACCCGCUUUGGACAAUAGUUUGAGUCCCAAGGCGUGCGUUUCCUCAUCGGAAGAAGCCGAGGCAGAUGUUUUUCGCUGGCCGACACCGCAGAAUGGUAUCAGCGCCGCGCCGGAUGCGGGACCAGCCGCCCCGGGUUUCUGGACGGCCGUGUUUGACUAUGAAGCGACUGCGGACGACGAGCUCAGCCUGCGGAGGGGGGACGUGGUGGAGGUCCUGUCCAAGGACUCCCUGGUGUCGGGAGAUGAGGGCUGGUGGACCGGUAUGAUAGCGGACCGGGUUGGCAUUUUCCCGUCUAAUUAUGUGAGCAAAGGGAAUGGCAUUCCGGAGGAAAUCCGGGACACCGCGGAGCAGCAGUACUCGGUGCCUCCUCUGCACCUCCUGGAGAUUGAUUUCUCUGAGCUGACCCUGGAGGAAAUCAUCGGGGUGGGCGGUUUUGGGAAAGUCUACCGCGCAGUGUGGCGGGGCGCGGAGGUGGCGGUGAAGGCAGCGCGACGGGACCCCGACGAGGACGCGGAGCAAACUCUGGAGAGCGUUCGUCAGGAGGCCAAGCUCUUCGCCAUGCUCAACCAUCCCAACAUCAUGGGUCUGCUGGGGGUGUGUCUGCAGGAGCCCAACCUGUGUCUGGUCAUGGAGUUCGCCCGGGGCGGCCCCCUCAACCGGGCCCUUGCAGGGAAACGCAUCCCUCCCUGCACACUGGUGGACUGGGCUGUGCAGAUCGCCCGGGGCAUGCACUACCUCCACAGCCAGGCCAUCGUCCCCAUCAUUCACCGGGACCUCAAGUCCAGCAACAUCCUAAUCCUUGAGAGGGUUGAGAUGGAAGACCUCAGCAACAAGACUCUGAAGAUCACGGACUUCGGCCUGGCUCGAGAGUGGCACCGCACCACCAAGAUGAGUGCCGCUGGCACCUACGCCUGGAUGGCUCCUGAAGUCAUCCGCUCAUCAACGUUCUCCAAGGGUAGCGACGUUUGGAGUUACGGCGUGCUGUUGUGGGAGCUGCUGACAGGAGAGGUUCCAUUUCGGGGAAUCGAUGGCCUUGCGGUGGCUUAUGGAGUGGCCAUGAACAAACUCGCUUUGCCCAUUCCUUCUACUUGUCCUGAGCCCUUUGCACGUCUUAUGGAGGACUGCUGGAGCACAGACCCUCACUCCCGACCACAUUUCACAUCUGUUUUGGACCAUCUGACGGCCAUCGAGGAGUCGGGCUUUUUUGAGAUGCCAGCGGAGUCCUUCCACUCCCUGCAGGACGACUGGAAACUGGAGAUCCAGGAAAUGUUUGAUCAACUGAGGACCAAGGAAAAGGAGCUGAGAUCGUGGGAGGAGGAGCUGACCCGAGCGGCGCUGCAGCAGAAGUGUCAGGAGGAGGCACUGAGGAGGCGCGAGCAGGAACUGGCCGAGCGGGAGAUCCACAUCUUGGAACGAGAGCUCAACAUCAUCAUUCACCAGCUCUACCAGGAAAAGCCUCACGUGGAGAGCAGGCAAGGAAAGUUCCGCCGCAACCGCCUUAAGCUCAAGGAUGGGAACAGGAUCAGCUUGCCUUCAGAUUUUCAGCACAAAAUCACAGUGCAGGCGUCUCCCUCCCACGAUCGACGGAGGAGUUUGCUCAGCAGCAGUUCCAGUCCUCCAACCAGUCCACCAAUACUGCCCCGCCUGAGAGCCAUCCAGCUCACGCCAGGAGAGGGGUGUAUAGCCUGGGGUCGCAGCACAGGCUUUCAGCUGGAUGAUGAAGAGUGUGAAAGGAAGGGGUCCAGGAAGAAAGGCAGAACCCGUGGGUGUGGCCCAUACAGGGAGCACAGUGCUGAUGCCAGUGUGAAGCCUCCCCACGAGGGCAGCAGGCAGCGGUCCUGCAGCGCCCCAAACCUUCGCAGAUCCCCGAGACACAGUCCAGCAGUGCCUGGAGUGCCAAGCCUUGUGGAGAUGGAAAAUGAAGACUGCUGCUUCACUACUGAGCCAGGAGCGGCUCCUGGUCAGUCCUACCUCUGCAUCCCCUUCCACAAGGAGGGCCACUCAGCUGCCUCUGCUGACAGUGAUGGAGAUGAGUACUGCCCCAGUGGCCAGGUGCCAGGAACGCCACCAUGCAGGAAGAGCCCAGGAGGUGGUCGGCGCUCUGAGCUGGUGCUGCUGGGCUGUGGAGCUCUGCUGGCAGCCGUCGGACUGGGCUGCAACCUGUUAACUUUGGCCCAACCGGAGGAGAGCAUCAAACCACGAUGGGAGGGCUUCUUCCACAGAACAGGGGGCCAAAGACGAAGCACCAGCCCCCCAACUCGCAGACUGUUCCGACGGGAAAGCCCGCUGAAGCCCUCGGCGCCCUCGCUACCUGAGCGGGGCUUACCCUCUUCUUACACCCUGCUGUCCUUAUCAUCAGUGUCUGACUGCAACUCCACCCGCUCACUACUGCGCUCUGACAGUGAGGAGUUGUUGGUCUGCCGCCCUGCCUCACCGCCCGCACAGUCCACUCUCCAACUGCAGCGUCAGGCCAUCCAAACCCCAGUCAACCCGCUGGUCAACACCCACCUUGAGAGCUUCAAGCGUAACCCCCGCCAGUCCCUCACACCCACACAUUUACCCUGUCCAAGUUCCUCACGUAGCCUGCGUCGCACGCCAUCCGACGGAGCCAUCAAGAAAAGUUGCCCUCCUAAUAAUCUGGAACCAUUGCCAGAAAAAACAGCAUUACAGAACACAGGUGGCUUCAGAGGUUUAAAGGAAGACUGUAAUGAGGUGCCCCGGCUCCCUGAUCCUAAUGUUGUUUUCCCUCCAACCCCUCGUCGUCGCUGUGCUCCCGAACGCCCCAAAACCCUGGACUUUGUAGCUCGGCCCCGACCUUCGCCACGGGCACGCUGCGACGUGUUCUGGGCGGAGUCGAGGCCCAGGGGAAAUGGACAAAACCUGGGUAACGGCGAGUCCCCCGCCUACACCUCCAGCACAGAAACUCCCCCCACUGUGGAGUUUGGGAGAGACCCAGCAGUGCUGCCCACCCCCAUGGAGGCCCCGACACCCUACUCCCCCCGCAAGAAUGAAAACCUGUUGGAUCAGCAGGACGAGGGACAGUACCGGGAUGGAACCAUCCCACUCUGCAAACCAGAGAUCAGCUUUCCCAAAGACUCACCUUACCGCUACAGACCUGGAUUCUGGUCCUAACUCAGCUCCAAUCUUUCACUGGUCCAACACAAGGAGAGGACUGUCCUUGCUGUUAGCCUGUUACAGUUCUGGGUCAAUUAGUGCUUAAAAAUUGAGUCAGUUUUUAGCUUUAAUUGGUACUUAAUGGGGGCAGUAUUUUACCUCCAAAUCCUUUCAAUUUGGCAUCAAAAACUGUUAAAACAAACAAUGGAAAAUAUUUGAAAAUAUAAUUUGACCCAGGUCUGGUUGUUAAUGCAUUAUAAGGGCAGAGUAACCAUUUUUCGUCAUUUGUCAUUCAAGAUGUAAAGAAAUUUUUUCUCUUUGGGAAUGAACAGGUAAAUGGCUUUGUAGCAGAAUGGCAUUGACAGUUUCAAAAAGUUUUACAUCCUUUUCUUAAUUUUAAACUUGAGUUGAAGAUUGUGCAUUUAAUGAAGUGCACUUUUGGAAAGCAUCAUGAAUGUAAAGCUUCAGGUUUUUUCCAAAAAAAACGCUGUCUCUGAUUAUUUGUAAUUUGUCUGUAAAAGCCUUGUGUUAUUUGAAUUAAUCUUUUUUUCCUGUGCUAGUAGCUGAAGAAUUCCUGUUUUUACUGAGCACCUGUCAUCACCAGUCAUGCUGUUGUAUAUAUGAGCACUUCUUUGCAUUAGCAACCCACAGUCUUGAAACAGUGUCAGUACAAUGAUGUCUGACAUUGUCUUGAGCUGUGUACUGUGAGCUGUACUAUUAAAAAAAAAAAAAAUGAAUGUCACUGAAGCUUGGGUUUGAAUUGGGACUGAAAUGCUGCCAGGAAGUCACAAUGUAUAAAUAUAGCAAGGAAUUCAUCCUCAAUCUUUGUUUGUGGCCCUGUCAGAGAAGCUUGUUUGGACCCCGAGCCACCAGUUGAGAAACGUCUCUCGAAACUAAAAAGGGAACUUUGUAUUUGUAACUCUGUAAAUUGUCUGCCUCAUAAAUUGUUGAUCAAGAUAGGAUGAGGGAUGUAAAGUAUGUUUUAGGUCAUGUAAGUGACAGACUGCAUGAGUGUAGAAUGGCACAGAGGUGAAACAGGCCCUGGUGGCAUGUGGAAGUUCAUUCCUGAUUAUUUCUAUUUAUAUUGAUUUGUUCAGUUUUAUUUAUUGAUUAAUUUAUCUGAUGGUUUAUUUUUAUAAUCCAUUCUAUUUGCCUUGAUUUUUGACACUCGUUAAUGUUACUCAAGGAUGUUUUUAGUGUUUAUGUCCAGUUUUUUCUUAGUCUGGGCUUUCCUGUUACUUCAGAAAGGCUGCAAGUGGUUUCAAUCCAACCAGAGAUCAAAUGAUUGGUUGAUUAAUUGAUAUUUCAAUCAUCAGUUUAAUGGUUGAAGUCAUUUUUUAAGUAAAAAUGCCAAACAUUCCCAAGUCCAAGUUUCUCAAUUGUGAGAAUGUGCUGCUCUUCUUUAUUUUAUUUGACAUUAAACUGAUUUUUUAUUUUUUUAUUUUUUUUUUUGGUUGGACUGUAGUAAAAGGGAAACUGUGACAGGCAUUUUUCAUUAUUUACCAACAUUUUACAGACUAAACAUUUGAUCGAUCGAGAAAUAAUCAACAAAUUCAUCAUAAGGUAUUUUAUCUAGCUAAAUGCAUGCAAACUGGGUUCUACACAUUGUUUUCAUUUUGUUUCUACAUUUUACUUAGGUUUGUCUGGAUCAGACUGUGGUUUAAUAUUAUUUUCAAAUAAUUUUUACUAUUUGUUUUAACCUGCUAUACAGGAAAAUUCAUAUUAGGGAAAGAUGUGGUACGUCCCUACACAUAAACUGUCAAACUAGCAGGUAAAAAGAGCUAAUUAAUUAUCAGUUAUUUGAAAAUAAUAAAUAGAAACAUUACCUGACUCUGAUCUUAAUGCCUGUUUCUCUCAUUUCAUUUUCAAAUGUCAAGUGACCUCUCAGCCUGGAGAACCUCAUCCUCUGAGAUUUGAUCUGUCUUUAUCCUAAGUGUGACCCGAUGUACAUGUAAAUGUGAAUGCUUUUUCUCUGAGGAUGUGCAGAAUGCGAUCAUGCUCAAUGUACCAAGUGUUUCAACUAAGGGUGCUGGUUGAGACAAAGCUCUCCCUCGGAGGUGUAGCUAUGGUGUCAUUAUUGUCUGAAAUGUUACCACGAAUAAGCUGAUCUUACUGUUGCUGAUGGACAUUGUUCAGGUUGGGAAUAAUGCUGUUAUUGACUGACUUGUAUUUGCACUGGAACACACUGAUUUGAGUAAAAUCAUAGUAAACAAUCCAA